GCUAUAGUCCUGCUAUUAAGGCUAUUGCAGCUGCGUCUUCCAACUCAUUUAGCAAUUCAGCAUAUAGUCACAGGAGCAGACGCCUCCGCUGUACAGCGACUUUCUCUUAUCGCUCUUUUCUCGACCGGAGAUCCCGGGCUUUCGGGGCUGAAGACCGAACUACUGUGUUGAUCUAAAGUCUUGCCUCCCCCGCUAUCUCUAUCUCCCCAGAAAUCUCACUGGAGGCAAAUUUCCCUCCAACGCCAUCCAUUAUGGCUGCUAAACAUAUGCCCUUCCCGCUGUCUGUUCGCACCCAACAUGAUAGCGACACCCAAAUACCGCUUCAUCUAGUGGUGCCUGGUCUGACCCCUCCGGUGACCCCAACGGUGGAUGAUGAGAGCCUUUCAGGCAGUGUUGCCACCCUUUAUUCCGGUGGCUCAAGUCCGUCUUUGUCUCCAGUUGACGGUAAAUUCAAAGAUGUUGAUGUGGAGGACCAAGCCGUGUCCACCUUUGACUCAUUCACAGAUGAGUUAGAAUACCACUGUGACGCUAGAGGCCGUCUGGUAGAGUUUGGCCGCGGUGUCUGGAGCGUGGUCUACAAAGCCUCGCCUUGUGAGCCCUUGAACGCUUAUCCACUCACGCCUCCCAGCUCUCCAGCUGUCAAAACCCCCACGGUAGCGGUCAAAUCCCCCGCAAGGCGGGAUGCACACCCGGUUCUGGACGCUGAAGCGCUUGCACUGACCCGAGUCAGCCGCGUGGCCGGGUCUGAGAACCACGUUGUCCCCUUCCAGGGAUAUAUCGCGGAUUCUCACUCGAUUAUCAUGUCGGCGGUCCCGUUAGCGCUCUCGACGUAUAUCGAAGAGAAGGCCGCCAUGGCCCUGAAGAAUCGGACCACCAGGACCAUGUUCGAGCCCGUUCAAGGCAUGGCCCAGUGGCACGAUCUUGCCAAGAAGCUCAUUACCGGCCUGUCCUGGCUCCACGAUGGGCCACGGAUGGUGCACGGUGACAUCAAGCCUCACAACAUCUUGCUACGCGCAUCGAGCAGCGACGAUUCGGAAUUCGACCACUUUCCCUACGACCCGCUGUUCGCUGAUUUUUCAUCCGCCCAUCCUAUCGUCAGCCCCUCCUCUCCGGAAGGGAGCAUGGGAACGGCUCUGACAGCCCUAACGCCGCCAUUUACGGCACCCGAGCUGUUAUCCGUCUCAUCCUUGACGUCCCCAGAUGUAGCGCCAACCCCUGAAUCCGACGUUUUCUCUCUCGCCGUUACUCUCCUGGCUGCCGCUACCGGCGACUUACUUCUGUACCCGGGUACCAGCCACAUUCAACGCUUGGCCAUGGCCCGUGAAGGCCACCGCGUGAUUGAGUUUGCCCGCUCCGGGCCGAACGGGUCUCGCGUCCCUCGUAACGGGAUCGUCGAGCAGAUCAUCAAACCAGCCAUUGCCAAAGACCCGAGCCAGCGCAUCAAACCGGACGAAUGGGUGACGCUCGUCAAGUCUAUCACUAUCUAACUUUGAGCUGCGCGGUCCUUGGUUAUCAUCCCGCCUUGCUUAUCUCGGACUAUUUCCUUUGAAUUUUCUCUUAUCUUCUGAUCUGUCUAAUCUGUUUAACUUUUAUCCUACCCCCACUUUCUAAUUUAUCAGGCACCCGCCUGCUGCUUAUUUAUCUUUAUCUUCUUGUUUCUCUUUUUCAUCUUGUUUAUUUUUAUCUAUACAUAAACCUCAAAGAUACCCGUUAGAUAGAUGUGCAAACGAAACCAGAUUACACUCCGCUAAUUGACAAUCUCCUGGAAAUU